AUGAGAGAAAUUGGGAAUGGAGCGUUUGAUUCUACUAGCAUGCCUCUAGACAAUCAGGUUCAAAUUGCUUGUGAAAAGGUGAAGGGAAUGAAUGAACUUCAACAAGGUUACAACUUAGUUGGUCUCUCACAGGGAAAUAUGGUAGCUAGAGGGCUUAUAGAGUUCUGUGAUGGAGCACCUCCAGUCAAGAAUUUUAUCUCAAUAGGUGGACCUAAUGCUGGUGUUGCUGUCUGCACUGGUGGCCCUUGGUGUGCCGAAGCUGGUGGUGUUAGAAUAUACUCCGAUUAUGCUCAAGCUCAUUAUGCUCCUAGUGGCUAUACCAAGCUUCCAAAAGAUAUUGCUGGAUAUUUGAAAGGUUGUAGGUAUUUACCAAAGCUUAAUAAUGAAAUUCCUAAUGCAACUAAUCCCAUUUAUAAGCAGCGUUUCACCAGCUUGAAGAACCUUGUACUUAUCAUGUUUGAAAAUGAUAGUGUGAUAAACCCAAAAGAAAGUUCUUGGUUUGGCUUUUAUCAAGAUGGAACCUACUCUCAAAUUUUGCCACCGCAACAGACUAAUCUUUAUUUAGAGGAUACGUUUGGAUUACAAACAUUGGUUAAAGCUGGAAAAGUGAAGUUCAUAAAGUUACCAGGAAUUCACCUUGGAAUGGAUAUUCAAGAAAUGCAGCAAUAUGUUGCCCCAUAUUUGAUUGAAUAAAG